GCGUCGGAUCGUUGUGGCGGGUAAGUGACCCUCUGUUGUUCUGGAGCUCAGGUUCGAAAAGUGACCGGAAGGAUCCGGUUAGAGACGAACCGGGACCGGCACCGGGACUAACGGAGAGGUCAGAGGUCAGAGGUCAUGGUCCUCCACAAUGAACCAGGUCCGCAAACGCCUCCGACUUGGCCCGUCCCCUCCUGCUCCCCCCUCCUCCUCCACCUCCUCCACCUCCUCCACCCGGAGCUUCACGCCGUCCAGUCCUCAGCUGCUCUCCCAGGAUGCUUUGCUGCUGCCCCCCCUCCCAGCUCCUGUGUGGGAUGAAACUGAGGAGGAGGAUGAAGGUUACCUGCUGGUGGAGGAAGAUACCACUGACUCCAGCCUCAUCAUCACCAUGGAGGAGAGUCAGCUGGAGGUGAAGGCAGCGAGGAGGAGACCAGUGAGGAAGAAGAGAGGGAAACGGACAGAGGAGGAAGAGGAGCAUGGGGGCAGAGGUUCAGAGAGCAGGGAAAAGGAGGAGAUGGAGAUUGACAGACAGCUGGACCAAUCACUGGAGACAAAGUCCAAACAACACAACCUGACCACCGUGAACGUCAGAAACAUCAUCCACGAAGUAAUCACUAAUGAACAUGUGGUGGCCAUGAUGAAAGCUGCUAUCAACGAGACCGAGGCCGUCCCUCCGUUUGAGCCGAAAAUGACUCGAUCCAAGUUUAAAGAAGUUGUGGAGAAAGGAGUGGUGAUUCCAGCCUGGAACAUUUCUCCCAUCAAGAAAACCAAUGAGGUCAACAAGCCUCCUCAGUUCGUAGACAUCCAUCUGGCUGAGGAAGACUCCUCUGAUGAAGAGUAUCGUCCUGAUGAAGAAGAUGAGGAUGAGACGGCUGAAGAUACGUUCCUGGAGAGCGACAUGGAGAGCACAGCCUCGUCUCCCAGAGGAAGUCGACUGAGCCGCGUGGAGGAGGACAGCAGCAGCCCCUGGCAGAAUUCUCGGAGCCGGUCCAGGAUUUUGAGGGUGAGGUCUGUGUCCAUGGGCCCCCCCCCUCCACCCAAAGCCCCGCCCCCCAAAGCAGUGACUGACUGCUCGUUUCUGGAGAAGCUUCAUGCUGUGGAGGAGGAGCUCGCCGUGUGUAUGGAACCGUACCAGCCUCUACCCGAGCCAGAGGGCGAAGCGGGUCUGAUGGCGUACCGGACUCGGUCCAAGCGGCCGCUACGUGACGUCCCACUGGGCCAGCUGGAGGCGGAGCUCCGAGCACCGGACAUCACACCAGACAUGUACGACUCCAGCUCCGCCCAUAAGGACAGGGACUGGACUGAUUGGCUAAGAGGCCUAAUGACCUCAGACAUGGAAAAUGAAGAGGAUGAUGAAGAUGACCCAGAGUACAACUUCCUGGCUGACGUUGAUGAACCGGACCGGGAGGAUUACCGUGACGACAAGGCUGUCCGCAUCACCAAGAAGGAAGUGAACGAGCUGAUGGAGGAGCUGUUUGAAACGUUGAAGGAAGACCUUGCAGGACAGGAAGGGGACGAUGAAGGUCACGAGGAAGAGGAGGAGCCACAGGAGGAAAUACACCCUGUUCAGGAUCAGCACAGCAUUGGGCUGGUUGAUGAAGAGGAUGGACCAAUCACAGAGCUGCGUACAGUAAAGCAGCAGCUAGCUUGGAUGAGGAGCAGACGGCAGACACACCCACUGUGUAACACACACGUAUACGGUCCUGAACCGUACACACUGAAACUGGACGGAAGACAAAAGAGCAGACUGCAGCAGCAUCUACAACAGCACGUCCAGCUGCUGACUCAGAUUCACCUGUUGAGUUCACCUGUGACCAAACUUCAGAGUGAGGCGGAGACCACCCGACAGUUCCUGGUUGAGCUGGAUGUGUUGGCUCAAAGAGCCGAGCUGCUCAUGUCGUCAGCUCGUCCUGGUUUCUGCAGCGUCUUUAGAUCGUCUAACCUGCAGGGGGCGCUGCAGCUGAUGGAGGAGCUGCGGCAGACUCCCAUCGGCUACAAGUCGCAGCACCACCCGCCUGAUGCCAGAGGAUACAUGCGUUGUUACCCUGUGAUGCCAGCUGAGCUCGCCUGGCUCUUUACCACUCGUCAGGUCUUCCUCUACCCAGAGCUGCUGCCCUGUGCCAGCCUGGACCCGGCUCUGUACUGCCCCCGCAGGACAGCUGCAUUCACUGCAGCUGAGGACUGCCUCCUGGUUCUGGGUCUCAGGAACAUGGAAGGGUCAUGUGACCCGACUAAACUGGUGUCCCAGUUCCUGCUGAGGAAGACUCUGGUGCAGGUCCGACGUAGAGUCCUUCAGUGCUGCCGACCCGGCGUCCCUGAUAAUAUAGUGAAGGUGUUCAGGUAUCACCGGGUGUUGUGGCCGAUGCCGGCGGCCGUUGGUCCUGUGAAUCCAGCAGAGCAGCGCCCCCCAGUGGAGAGAGAGGAGAGCGUCAUGCCUCUGUGGCUGGUGCGGAGUCUUCCUGUAAUAUUUCCGACCAUUAAACGGUACAAUGCCCCUUGUGGCUCUACCCCUGAGGCCCCGCCCACCUGCAGGGGGUCUCGACCCCGUCAGAGUCACCUGACCUUCCUACGCUCCGCCUCCAACAAGUACAGCUUCCCCUCUGGGACAAGAUAUCCCCCCCGCCUUCCCAAAGACCUCGACUUCAAACGCAUCGGCUUUGUCAUGCUGCAGCAGCCCCUCCCGCCUUCUCCUGCUGACUCCUCCCCCCUACCUGAUGGACAGGUGUAUCCCUCUUGUCCCGCAACUCUCUCUCCUCACAAACUCCUCCCCCAAGCUCUCAGCCCCUCACGAGUCCUCCUGACCAGAACUACUGCCGCUGGGGCCCCGGCAACCGCUCAGCAAAUCAGACGCCACUAUCGAACUCUUGCAGGCCUGAGGAGGAGAGAGAAACACACAAUGAACGGAGAAGCAGUGAGGAGUAAUGUGGAGGCACUUGCUCCUCCUCCUCCUCCUGAAGGCCCCGCCCCUUCUCCGGUGGGGGUCGAGGAGGACGACGAUGUCAACAGUGUGAAUAUGGAGGAAGAGGAAGAGGAGAGCGAAUUCCUUUUGGCCCUGUCGGAGUCAUCGUCCAGUGCUGCAGGAAGUGUGGCCAAUCUGGAAGACGUGGCCGACCCCGAGGAGGAGGAGUCAGAGAGUGAGCAGGACGUGACUCAGACGCUGUGGAGAGCAGAAGAAGAUGAAGAAGAAGGAGGAGGAGGAGGAGGUGAUGAUGAUGAUGAUGAUGGAGUGAAGUCUUCAGAUGAAUCCAGAGCCUCUGUCCUCCAGCUGCAGGAGAAAUCGUUGCCAGAAGAAACUGAGGAGGAGGAGGAGCUGGCCGAUGAAGAUCAGAGAGAGGAUGAAGCGUUUGCAAAGGAUUAUCUGAACAGAGUGUGUGGCGUGCUGCAGGCGUCUCCUGGCGUCUCCGAGCAGCUGCUGCAGUUGUUGGAUCAGUUUUCAGCAGCGGGGCCCCUGGGGGCCGCGGGGGCCCCCGAGCGUCUGUACGACCGACUGAGCGGCUUGCUGCGGCCGUGGCCUCAGCUGCUCAGAGACUUCGCUGCGUUUCUGAACGGAGAACAGGCGAGGAGCUGUGGACUGUUUUUAGAGCAACAGCUGUUUGAGAGCAGCCGGCGGUUUCUCCGGCGACUGGGACAGAGUCUGGGAGAAGGCUCCUCCCUCUACCAGCAGGUGGUGUCAGUGCUGCAGGGAAGCCCCACCCCCCCACCUGAAGACAUGGAAAAGAUCUUGUCUCUUCUCAGACACCAUCAGGACCUGCAGCAGCUGUUCCUGCAGUUCCACAGCCGCCCGCCGCCCACAGCGUCCGGCUCCGAGGCCACGAAGGCCGACGCUGUUUUCCAGACUCGUCCUCACAGGAAGGGAGUCGACCAAUCAACCUCUGAAGUGCCUGGGACAGGAAGUGAAGAAGAGGAAGUACAGGAGCGGCCAGUUUGUGCUAGAAACUUCUCGACGACGUCAACUGGAGAAAAAGUCGUCGUCUGGACUCGAGAGGCAGACCGCGCCAUCUUGACUGCCUGUCAGCAGAGAGGAGCCAAUAGGAAAACGUUCAGACAGGUGUCCGCCCAGCUGGGAAACAAGACCGCCCAACAGGUGAGUCUGCGGUUCCAGGACCUGAUGAAUCUUUUCCAGUCUUCAUCACAAAAGUCCACUCCCUGUCCCUCAGAGGGCCAGCCAAUCAGGAGGCAGGAACCAGCCCCCGACUAAGCAGUAGACCAACCGUGGAUGAGUCUGCAGUCAACCAGAAAAUGGACUUUGGAGCCAAGACUCUGAUCCAGAUUUACUUCAUGAGAACUCCACUGAAUUCCAGAACUGUUGAGUUCAAGAACAGCAGUCGUGAAUCAGUUUUAUUGAUUCUAGAUUUAAUUUGAAUGACGCUGAUACGACCCCAGAAUCCACAGUGACUGUUUCUGCAGAGUUAUUCUAGAAGGGUCCGACUGUACAGCAAACUAUUAAAGUUCAAAAAGAACAAAUGUUUAAUAUUAACAGCUGAACCAUUCUCCAGAUGUGACUUCAGAAGAUUGUCUACGUCACCUGAACAGAGUCGAGACGAAACAGAAAUGAAAUUCUGUUUCACAUUCAAGUUCGAUGUAGAUUGUCCAGACUUGGGUAAGUUCGGUUUGACUCUUGAACAUCUCGAUGUAUAAACUCGAGUCAUGUUGCUGAGGAAGGGAUUCAAGAAGUCUCUGUAAAAGAUGGUUUUCAUAGAUCUGGGAUAUGAUGGGAUUGACUUAUUGUCGAGUUAUUGUUCUGGAGUUCAUCCUCUGUGAUUCUUGAGUUUUACAUUAGUGUACCUUCAGGCUGCAUAGUACCUUUUUAUAAAUCAUAACUAUUUAUUUUGUAUUUAUCGUCUCGGACCUCAUCGAGAGUCCGCCCUCUGUGGGUGUGUCUGGAGGCGGAGUCUCAGAGUUAGUGAAGGAAAAACUAAAAUGAAGUAAAGAUCUGCAGCUGUCAACCAAUCACAUGACACAAGUGAGCAGCUGCUCGCUCCAUGUGAGACACUGAUCCGGUUCCACAUCUGGAGACUGCUGCUGAUAACAUCUGUAUCCAUCGGUCCACAUGUCAACCUAAGGGACAGGGACUCACUGAUCGGGUCAGAACUCGUGUGGACAUCACCUGAGACCCUGGGCUUUUCUUUUUUUAGAUCAUGUUCACAGUCACUGUCACUCUUAGACUCCGCCCACCUGCUGAGCAGUGAAAGAUCAAAUACAGAAAUAAAGAUAAAACAAUGCUUAUUUCAUCUCAUUUAAAAAAUGCUCCAAACAUUAAACAAAGGAUUGUUCUUCCUUUUUUCUUUUGAGUCUUCCCAGGAUGCAUUUGGGUAAAACAAAAUAAUCUCUCCCAUGACGCAGUCGUGGAGGAUGUACUAUCGUUAUGUGAGUUUUU